AUGGGUUCCGAUUCCCCUACAAGCCCCAGGGCCUCAGCCAUUCCGUCCCACAUGUUGAACGGCAGCUCCCCGCUGCAUCCAACGGGCAGCCGUCAUUCUCGUGAGCGCGAGAGUCUCAAUACAUCCAUUCGUUCCUCUUUUGAGCCCAGAAUUCCCCUUGAAUUUGAAUCUCCUCAGACCAAGACCGAGACCAAGACCGAGACCGAGGCCGAGGCCGGAACUGAGACUGGAGCCGCCCCCGCCCAGUCCGUCUCCAGUGCCUCCGUGCCAAUUCGCAGCGUCGCGCCAGUGCGUCCUACCUUGAAUGACCCUCCCCGCGAUCCCCGGGAUGAGGCCGCCCCAUUGACACCUGUAGCCACUGUCAGCCGGCCACAGAGCCCCUACACAUUGACCCCUCCUAUCGACUUUGACGGUCUCAGCUGGCCUUGCCCCGGAACAAGACAGCGGAAGGAGUCAACACCGGAGGAGACCGCGGAACGGCUUGAAAAGAUGUCAGGAGCUGUCCGAACAAUCCUGGAAUGUAUUGGCGAGGAUCCGGAAAGAGAAGGACUUCGUGAGACCCCCAUGCGAUAUGCCAAGGCCAUGCUUUAUUUCACCAAGGGCUACGAGGAGAAUGUUCGCGAUUUGGUCAACAACGCUGUUUUCCAUGAGGAUCACGAUGAGUUGGUCAUUGUCAAGGACAUCGACGUCUUCUCGAUGUGCGAACAUCACAUGGUACCAUUCACCGGAAAGAUGCAUAUCGGAUACAUCCCUGACCGCCGUGUCCUUGGUCUAUCAAAGCUGGCUCGUCUGGCAGAGAUGUUCUCUCGCAGACUGCAGGUUCAGGAGCGUCUUACCAAGCAAGUUGCGUUGGCGAUUUCGGAGGUCCUCCAGCCCCGCGGCGUUGGUGUCGUUAUGGAAUCUUCCCACCUCUGCAUGGUCAUGCGCGGUGUGCAGAAGGUUAGCAGCACCACUACUACUAGCUGUAUGCUGGGAUGUAUGCGGUCCAGCGCCAAGACUCGCGAAGAGUUCUUGACUCUGUUGAACCGGAGGUAA